AUGCUGAGCGCAUUACCCCUCGAGCUCCUCUUCAACAUAGUUGAAUCCCUCCCCAGAUCUAGCCUGGCAGCCCUGGCUCGCACGGAAAAGGGGCUCGCAAAAUCAUUGACUCCGCAGCUAUACAACGACGCCGUCAAGUGGGAAUUCCAUCGAGAUGAAAUCAAAGAAUAUGUGUUCAGAAGAAAUAUCCCAAAGGACGACCAACAAGCAGAAGAAACAGAAGAAACAGAAGAUGAAUUCUCCGACUCCGACGAAGAUUCCGUCACGACCUCGUCUGGCACCACGGAUACGCCGUCUUGCGCCUAUGCGUUUGGCUCUGCUAAGCGCUGGCAUUCAGAUUUGAUCCUAGACUAUUGUCGUUCGCUGUCAGCAGCCGCACUCGCUGGCACCUGCGACGAUAGGGACUGGACGCUAGUCCAUGUCGCCGCGCAGUCAGGAAACAUCGACUUGGCAGAGAUCGCCAUCAGCAAGGGUAUACCCCUGAAUGGUGCAAAUCACGACAGUGAUAGCCGCUGCAACCGCACCUGUCCACUCGUCUUAGCCAUACAAGCGGGGCACGAGGCCAUGGUAUGGUGGCUCAUCGAGCACGGCGCAAACGUCACUGGGCCGGUCCACGUCGACGGCGAGAAGGGAAACAUACUGAGCCAGGCGGCCUCCUACGGCUCGACUGCCCUUUUGCGUCACAUCAUCGAGGCCAAGCGACGCGACCUUCCUCCAGACGACGUCACCUUCUCCGAGGAGCUCAGCCGCUUUGGUCUGUGCUAUGCUGUUCUUGCCCCCAUCAACCGGUACCGCCUCCCCGCGAUCCGACUACUUUUGGACGAGGGGGCCAAUCCAUGCACGUCACACACAGACGACGUAGCCAGCACGCCGGUGGUCGUCCUGGCGGCGCUAAACCGAAAUCUCGAAGCCCUCAAACUCCUCCUCGACCGAGGCGCGGACAUCAACUCGACCGGCAGAAACAAGACCACUGCCCUGAUGAACGCCGUGGAACAAGGCUACGACGAGAUGGUGCACCUGUGUCUGGACCGGGGCGCCGACCCCACCGCGUGCCAAAGCACCGGGCAGAUGACGCUGUCGUUUGCAGGCGAGAGCGGGCUACCCUGGGACACGGUGCAGCGGCUUUUCUUCGCCUUUCUCGACGCAGGGGGAGAUUUGAAUUCCAUUGAAGCGGAAGAGCCAUUGCCACAAUUUGAGAGGACGGGGAACCCCGCGCCCUACUACUUGCCUCUGCACAGCUUUGUCGCCACUGGCCGCAUUCCAGCCGUCAGGCUGCUCCUGCGACAUGGGGCGGACCCCCUUGCUAAGGGCAUAGUCGGGGCCACGGCGCUGCACGUGGCCAUGAACAGCUAUAAUAAAAAGCCGCUGCUCUUUGGGGAUAUCGUAAAGGAAUUGGUGGACGCUAUCAAACGGGCUGGGGGAAGUCUCGACGACGGGGUGACAACGGACUCGACCUACUUUUGGGACCCGCGGGGCUCCACGGCGCUGCAUAUAGCCGCUAGACAGAACGCACUGGGUGUGUUACGUGUGCUACUUACGAACGGGGCGGACGCGACGACCUUGGAUAGCUCCGGUCGCUCGGCCCUAGACUAUGCGACACAGUGGCGCAAUAAGAAAUGCGUUGAUUUGCUGUCGAAGGCUAUAGAAUCGCAUCGAGUGGGUGCGAAUUAA